AUGGAACGUGCUGCCAAAAGACAAAAGAAAAGAGAAGAAAAUGAGAAAACAAAAAAGGGAACAUUCAGAAGCGUAAGAAAAACACUGAAAAAGAGGAUGCUUAAUUUUGACGAUAGUUCUGAUUCAAAUGUGGAUGGUGUUUUUGCUGACAGUGAAACUGCUACUAUUUCGUCAAUGCAGAAAUGUGGGAGACUUUGGAAAUGGCCUGAAAAAGUGGAUCAAUUGGGCUAUGAAUGGGAAUAUGUGUUGUUCCAUAUUGACGAGCCAUUAAAAAUGAGUCAGACAAGAAAUGUAUACACGGUUCCCGAACUAGAAUAUUUAUGGAACUAA